AUGUUGGGCAACCGUCUCCUGCUCUCAGCUACGGCUGCUCUUACCUGGCUCUCCCAGGUCCAGGCUGACCAUCAUCUCAUUCUUGGCGCAGCAGUGCCCGACGGCAGCAGCGGUGUCCCUCUGCGCCUCAACGUCAAUGACUUGCAAGCCGCUGCAGGACCCCAAUGGGACCUGUACAUCCAGGCUAUCAGGGCCAUGCAAGACAUGAAGAUCGAGGACAAACUCUCGUACUUUCAAACUGCUGGUAUUCAUGGCAAGCCGUUCAUCCAGUGGGACGCGCCGGCCAACAGACGACGAAGCAACGAAUGGCUUGGCUACUGCCCGCAUGGCGAGCCCAUUUUCUUGUCGUGGCACCGCCCCUACGUCAUGCUGUUCGAAGAGCAACUGGUUCGACACGCCACCGCAAUCGCCCAACGGUACCCCGAAAGUGUGCGGCGCGAGUAUGUCGCCGCUGCCAAGAGCCUGCGCGCACCAUACUGGGACUGGGCGGCCGACAAUGCCGUUCCUCCGGCCUCGGUCCCCGAUACGCUGACCAUCAACAUCGCCAGUGAUAACGGGGUGAAGAGCGCCAACGUGCCUAACCCGCUGCAGACAUACUAUAUGCCAAGGGAUGCGUUGAAUGGCCGGUACGGUCCCUUUGACCGGGAACGUCGCCCGCAGACUCUCCGCUGCCCUGGCCAGUAUCCAGGCCGAGCCAACUACAACAUACGCCGACGCAACCUCAAGGCCAACCUGUACGCUGCUUUUAUCUAUGCGAAAAACUUCAACGAUUUCGCCGCGACGGCCAACAAUGGUGUUGGUCUGGAGCAGAUUCACAACUGGAUUCAUUAUGACGCCUCUUGCGGACAACAGUUCUGGCAGUCUGACCUCUCGGCCUUUGAUCCUCUCUUCAUGCUUCACCAUGCAAACGUCGACCGUCUAUGGGCGUAUUGGCAGUACAUCAGACCGGACCACGCCAGCUUUACCGGUCGUUACUACGGAGCAUCUCGCUAUGCCUCUCGGCAAGGGGCCACCAUCACCCCUGAGAGCCAGCUGCAGCCCUUCUUCAGAACGCAGGGCCAGAUGCACACCAGCAACACCGUGGCCAGCAUCAACGGCAUGGGCUAUUCGUACGAGGGCCUGCAUUACUGGAACAUGUCCAGCACGGACCUCAGGAGGGCGGCAACGGCUCUGAUCAACAAAAAGUACGGCAGCAACAGCUCGUUGACGACAAACGACGACAAAAAGAAGCCGUCGGAGACUGUCCUCGAGUCACGGUACUUUGUGCGAUUUGAGAUUGAUCGCGCCCAUGUCGAGCGACCCUGCACUGUCUCCGUCUUCUUCGGCGGUGUAAAGGCCGGCGAUGUGGCCGUCAUGGCCCAACCCGCCACCGGCAUCAUGAAGGGCGGAUUCCUGAUUGACGACUUUGUGCACAAGGCCGCUGUCAGGGUAUCAAAGCUCGCAUGGACAUGCGGCGGCAACGUGACUGUUGCCUGUCUUAAAAAAUGGAUCGGAAUGCGCAUAGAAAUUACCAGGCCUAACGGGACUCGCAUCCCCUGCGCAUCCAUCCCUAGCCUCAAGUGCUGCAUUGAGCAGGUUCGGUUCAUCCCUCCCAAGUCAAUUGAGGAGUUUCCUACCGUAGGUUUCUCUAGGGGAGUAUUGGACGAUGGCUUCGAUGGUCUUGACAUGGUGGGCUGGAAACUGUUCUACUGUAUUGCCACUUGCACUCUUGUCAUGUAA